UCCCUGGUCUCCGUCUCCACACAGGAACUGCUGGGAAGGCGACUGGGCGGCUGGAGGACUCAGUCCCCCUGCCCUAGUAUGGUCGCAGUGGGUGACACUCAGCCCCGAGCUGGCUUUCCAGGAGCAGAUUUCGGUGUAGUUUCCCUACACUUUGGCUGCUAGAGUCCACGCAGAAGGCAGGGAGCCGCCGCGGGAGCACACCAGCCCCCCAGGCGACCGACACUUGCGGGGAGGGCGCGCCGCGAGCGGACAGGAGCCCGGCGUAACCUCACCAUGGAAUCCAGAGUCGCCCCUCUUUCUGUUCUGACCUUCUGCUGCCCCUGGACGCUCCCGUCACCAGUGUCCCUGGUCCCGUAGUGGCUUCUGUGGGUCGGUCCCCGUAAGAACAGCCGCCAGGAGGUGAUCACCAUGUUUUGCGCGAAGCUGAAAGACCUGCAGAUCACGGGGGACUGCCCCUUCUCGCUGCUGGCCCCGGGCCCUGUCCCCAAAGAGCCCGCGGGCGAGGCGGCAGGGGGCGGGCCCGCAGCUCCGGCCGGAGGGCAGGGCCUCUGUCCCGGCGACCCCGCGAAGAAGCCGCCCGGAGGGCUUCCUCAGAGGAAGAGUAGCCGCAGCCGCGUCUACCUGCACACGCUGGCCGAGAGUAUCUGCAAACUGAUUUUCCCGGAGUUUGAGCGGCUGAAUCUUGCCCUUCAGAGAACACUGGCAAAACACAAAAUAAAGGAAAGCAGGAAAUCUUUGGAAAGAGAAGACUUUGAAAAAAUAAUGGCAGACCAAGCGAUUGCAGCAGGAGUCCCAGUGGAGAUCAUCAGAGAAUCUCUCGGUGAGGAGCUUUUUAAAAUAUGCUACGAAGAAGAUGAAUACAUCCUAGGGGUGGUCGGAGGAACCCUGAAAGACUUCUUAAAUAGCUUCAGCACCCUUCUGAGACAGAGCAGUCACUGCCAGGAAGCAGAGAAGAAGGGCAGGUUUGAGGACGCGUCCAUCCUGUGCCUGGAUAAAGAUCCCGAUUUCUUAAAUGUUUACUAUUUCUUCCCCAAGAGGAUCACUUCCCUGAUUCUCCCCGGCAUCGUUAAGGCAGCUGCUCGCAUCUUGUACGAGACCGAAGUGGAGGUGUCCUCGACGCCCCCCUGCUUCCACCAGCACUGCAGCGAGUUCAUGGACCAGCCCUGCCUGCUCUACUCCGUCCACGUCAAGACCCCCCGGCCGGCCCCACCCCCGGGGAAGCCCCCGUCCUCGCUGGUGAUCCCCACCUCGCUCUUCUGCAAGACCUUCCCCUUCCAUUUCAUGCUGGACAGAGACAUGACCAUCCUGCAGUUGGGCAACGGCAUCAGAAGGCUGAUGAGCAGGAGAGACGUGCAAGGGAAGCCUCAUUUUGACGAGUACUUCGAGAUUCUCACUCCAAAAAUCAGCCAGAACUUCAGCGGAAUCAUGACCAUGUUGAACAUGCAGUUUGUGGUCCGCGUGAGGAGGUGGGACAACGCCGUGAAGAAAUCUUCCAGGGUGAUGGACCUCAAAGGCCAGAUGAUCUACAUGGUGGAGUCCAGCGCCAUCCUGUUCCUGGGCUCGCCCUGCGUGGACAGACUGGAGGACUUCACGGGCCGGGGGCUCUACCUCUCGGACAUCCCCAUCCACAACGCACUGCGGGACGUGGUCCUGAUCGGAGAGCAGGCCAGGGCGCAGGACGGCCUGAAGAAGAGGCUGGGCAAGCUCAAGGCCACGCUGGAGCAGGCCCACCAGGCCCUGGAGGAGGAGAAGCGGAAGACGGUGGACCUCCUGUGCUCCAUCUUCCCCUGCGAGGUGGCGCAGCAGCUGUGGCAGGGCCGAGCCGUGCAGGCCAAGCGGUUUGGCGACGUCACCAUGCUCUUCUCGGACAUCGUGGGCUUCACGGCCAUCUGCUCUCAGUGCUCCCCGCUGCAGGUCAUCACCAUGCUCAACGCGCUCUACACCCGCUUCGACCGGCAGUGCGGGGAGCUGGACGUCUACAAGGUGGAGACCAUCGGCGAUGCAUACUGUGUGGCUGGGGGCUUGCACAAAGAGAGCGACACCCACGCUGUUCGGAUCGCACUGAUGGCCCUGAAGAUGAUGGAGCUGUCUGAUGAAGUGGUGUCUCCCCACGGAGAGCCCAUCAAGAUGCGCAUUGGACUGCAUUCUGGGUCGGUUUUUGCCGGAGUUGUUGGAGUUAAGAUGCCCCGUUACUGCCUUUUUGGAAAUAAUGUCACCUUGGCUAACAAGUUCGAGUCCUGCAGUGUCCCCCGGAAAAUCAACGUCAGCCCUACCACCUACAGAUUACUCAAAGACUGUCCUGGUUUUGUGUUUACACCUCGAUCAAGGGAGGAACUCCCACCAAACUUUCCUAGUGACAUUCCUGGAAUCUGUCAUUUUCUGGAAGCUUAUCAACAAGGAACAACUUCAAAGCCAUGGUUCCAGAAGAAAGAUGUUGAGGAAGCCAAUGCCAAUUUUUUAGGCAAAGCAUCGGGAAUAGAUUAGCCAAAUACACACCCAAUUGUUAGUCUCUGGGUUUGAGUCCUUGGAGCGUGUGUGGACCUUCUGAGAGCACACUGGGAUGGCAGCGAGCUCAGGAGCGGUGGUAACAUUUUGGGAGCUAAGUCACCACCUGCUUUUCCUUCCACUUAACAUGACAAAAAUGUAUUCACCUCAAUGUUCAACUCUUCAGUGAAAAAGAAAGAGAGAAAGGAAGAGAGAGGAGAGAGAAAGAAAGAAGGAAGCCUCAAAAAGUGACUUUGGGCGAGUAUUUCUGAUAUAUAAGAAUAGCUUAUAACCUAUACUCAGACCUGAGCGCCUUGUUCAUAUAUCGGGCGAUUGUAGUGACCUGUACAGCCUGGUGGAGUCGCCUGCCUUCUGCCCUGGCCAAACACCCUGGUUAUCAAAGCGCUUCUCAUAGUGUUGGUUGCCUUAAAAACGCUUCUUGAAUAGAAACCAUAGUCUUUGAUACCCUAAGCUCCUUGAACCUUUCAAGUCCGCAUUUUGUUACAUUUCCUCAUUUAACUGUUAGCGUACAUAACAAAACAGAUUGAGGCUUCUUCUGUUGCACUUUUUUCUUUUUCUUUUUUUUAGAGAAAAUAAGCCAUUAUGGGUUAGAUGCAAUAUGAAUCUAAAGUAGUUCUUCUGUAAAUAUCAAAGAUGAUUUUAUAAAAAUAUUCUCCACAACGUAAUGUGUCGUAACAAUAAAUAUUUCCUUUUUUGACAUUUUAAAAAGUCUAUAUAUGGGAAAGGCCAUUUUAAUUCAUAAGAGCAAUUUCAUUUCUAUUAAUUCAUUUUUGUGUCAUAACCUUCAGGAUAAAAGAGGGUUACAGCCUACAUUAAAAUGCAAUAAUAUUAUUCUAAUUUACUUUACCCAGAAGCAAUAUGGAGUAAAGGCAGCAUUCAGGGAAUGAAUCAUAACGUACAGCAGUAAUUUGGACCUAUUUCAGCAGACACCCUCCAUUGCCAGGCUGAGCCGUAUAUAAGUUCCAUCAGGAAAAUCUUAAGUUCAGAAGUGGGAAAUAAGACUUGUUCUUUUUGCUGAUAGCUUACUUUUUAAGUGUUUGUGUUCAACACUCUGGUGUGUAUAUAUGUCCUUGGAACCAUCAGGACUCUUUGUCUUACGUACACAUCUGUGAAUUUUUUAUUCUAGUGAAAUUAAUUCAAUGAUAUUUUUAAAGAGGAUGUUAAUAUGGAUGAAGAAAAUUAUGCUGUGAUUUCAUUGUAGAAAUUUCAAAACAUUUUUCUGGAAAGUGAACUUUUAAUAAUGUUAGUCUAAGAUCUCUGGUGAACUAAGUAACGUGCAGAGUUUGGUUGGAGAUAAGGAUCUGAUUUUAAAAAGAACGCAACUUCGAAGCAAGAGAAAGCUGAACAUUACAGUGUUUAAAUCAGUAUUAGCAGAGCUGUAGAUACACUGAACUCAUAUUUGGGGAUCUGAGGGGUAAGUCAGCUGGAAUUUUUAACAGUUCUCUCCACUAGCCCCCAGGCCAGUCCAUGGUGACCUCGGGAAUAAAGGCCAUUACUGGCUGGCCUCUAGCAUCCCUGGCGUAUUACUAUACAUAUCACAAUAAUUAUUAUUUACUCAGUGAUGCUCCAGUGUCUCGAGGUACUGAACAGGGCUCAUUAAAUACCAAUCCUAUUAUUGGAGAGUAUCACAGGCCUCGGGAAAACAUAGUCUCACAAUUAUAUGAAGUUAAUAAAAGUAUUUAAAAGGAAAGUAAAGACUUAAAUACAUUUUUCUUUCUGGAAAUGAGCCCUUAUUACAGGGAAAAUAUUAGGAAUUAAGGGAAAUUGAAAAGCAUAAAAUAAUGCGUCUUAUUUAUCACCUAUUUAAGCAGACCCAAAUUUGCUAAUAAUUUAUGUUCCAAAAGUUGUAAAUUAAUUAGAAUUCAAAAACUAUUUUCUCUGUGUGUGUGUGUAAACACACACACACACACAGAACCAAUGGAGGAAAAUGUGAACAAUCUGGGCAAAAGCUCCAUGGGAAUUCCUUGUACUAUUCCUGCAACCUUUCCAUAAGUUUGAUAUUUUAUCCAAAUAAAAAGUUACCGAAAAUGUA